UGCCCAAUGUGUAUACUUAGGCCAGCUACCACGGAUCUACUCAGAUGUUGGAAUUCCAAGUCAAUACCUAUCUGCUUCGUUGAAUUGAGUUGACAAUUAGCUAUGUACUUAUGUACCUGUGGAUACAGUUUCCCAGCAGAGACCCCUGCUCAAAACAAGUCCCUACCUACCUGCUUGCUAGGCAUCAUAUUCUUCUACUUACUUAGACAACGGACAAGAGAGCACAGAACAGUGUAUAAGGCUGUGCCGCUCUACGCCUCCAUCGCAUCGUGACAGCGUUGCCCGUUGCCCGUUGCCACUGCUUCAGAAGUCUGAGUCAUCAGUCAAGGCACUAACCUUACACAUGCAACUAUAAGAGCUGAUGCCCGCUCGUUGGAUUUCUAGCCAGAGACAACGACUUUCAAUACGCAAUUUCUUUGUUGAAUUGAGCUCUUCCCGGGCCAUCAUGGACAAUACCAACCUGAGGCUAGUAUUUCAUCAAUUUGGAACACAAUGGAUUCAUCAGCAUCUCAGGGCCAUAAGCCCCUGCUUGACCCUGUUGGCCCUCAACGGCCAGCUGUCAUAGCAACGCCUAUUGAUUUUAGUAGCUCGCGGCUCGCGGCUGACUACAGUUCUUUCUUCGCCAUCACCCUAGACAACUUGCUCACGCCCGAGGAAUGUGUUAGGCUGCAGAGCGCUGCCGGACAGGAUUGGCAAACCUUGAGCAAGGGAAAUUCCUUUCGAGAAUGCCAAAACAUCCUCGUUUUCUCUCCAGAAUGGGCUUCUGCACUAUAUAAUCGAAUUGUUGCCCACUUGCCUGAAGACGUGAAAGCUCUCCGAAAAGAUGACAAAGUCGCCGAGAUCAUUGCCGGUCCUUCCCACCUCAGAGCGAGCGUUGGAGCGAGGAAAACUGUUUGGCGCAUCAAAGAAGCGAAUGAAAGACUUAGUUUCUUACGAUACCAGCCCGGCCAUCACUUCAAACCACAUUGCGAUGCAUUGUUUGCGCGCCCAGGAAAGGAUGAGAGGAGUUUUUUGACGUGUCAGAUUUACCUGAAUGAUGUGCCCCAAGGCCCCAGUGGAGACCCAAGUGGAGGGGAGACGCGAUUCUGGACAAGUCAAGUAGGCAAACGGCAAAAAGACCUUGAGACCAAAGAUGAAACCGAACACAACAAGGAAACGUCUUUCCUUGAUAUCAAGCCAAAGGUAGGCAGGGCAUUGGUGUUUCAGCAGAGAAUGCUCUGGCAUUCUGGACAAGAGGUGAAGCAUGGCGAAAAGUUCACUGUGAGACUGGACUUGAUGUUUGAGCGACAUUUUGAGAAGCUCUGAGCUUGUGAGUUAGGUUUUUAGUUUAGAUUAAGCUUCACAACAUGUUAAAUUGUUUUCUUCUG